AUGAAGACUGCGUUUUUGAGUGCAGCAGCACUCCUGCUCUCCACUGCAACCGCAGAUGUAGCCCCGGCCUUUCCUCUCCCCGGCGGUCCAACCAACCUAACCAUAACCUACAACAACAACGACACGGUUUCUCCUCAGGGAGAGCUCCUCCCACGUCCCGUAACCGCCCAGGCGCCCUCCAUCUCGGCCCCCCAACUCUCCUCAGUCUCAAAUUCGGGCCUCUACCUCCUCUUGAUGAUCGACAUCGACGUGCCCCGAAACAACACUCGCGUCCCCUUGAUCCACUGGCUCGCACCCAACAUCUCCCUCUCAUCCUCCUCCCUCAACAUCCCCUCCCCGAACCCCGUGCCAUACCUCCAACCCUCGCCCCCUGUAGGCGACAUACCGCACGCCUACAACUUCAUCCUCUUCGAGCAGCCAACCGGGUUCCAGGUGCCAGCGCGGUAUGCGGGGCUAUCGAGUAACCGUGUGGGAUUUGAUGUGCGGGCUUUUGUGGGCGAGGCGCGGUUGGGCGGUGUGAUUGCGUCUGGGUGGUUGAGGGUGCAGAAUUUGACG